CACACUAUUCUGACAUCAUAAAUUGGCAGUGUGCUUCAGUAUGAACAUUCAUAUUGAAUACCUAUUGGAACGUCUGCGGAACAAAACACAGGGGGUGUUUCUAAACUUCCUACCAAACAAAGAGCAUUGAUAUCAUUCACGAGGUAUGAUGACAUUCAACCAAGCUGCUCUAUAGUGAGAUUCACUCUAAAAUGUCAGCAUUAGUUGAACGUGACGAGCUACGAUGUUAUUUAUUAGGUACGCUGACACACAACCAAGCAGCUUUACACUGAGACAGUGUCAGCAUUAGUUAAAGGUGAAACAUUGGUGCUAUUCACUAGCAAUACUGACUGUUGAAAGUGAACUACCCUUUAGAGUACCCAAGUCGGUCAGCAUUGAUUGAAUGGGAAGCAUUGAUGUUAUUCAUGAGGAUUGCUGACAGUCGAAAGUGGAUCUUCUCACAGUAAGUGGCUAGCCUCUUCAAGAGGCUUCAAGGGCCAUGAACAUUUUCAGGCCAGUCUACAACAAUCAAUUAGUUACGGAAGCCUGCAACUGUGAAUAGAUUUUUUCAUUGGGGGUGAGUUCUUUCAUGAAAGACUUAUUAUUUCGAAUACCUUCUUUUUCGAGGGGAAGUGGUCUGGUGGUAAAGUGGGGGAAGAGAGAGAUUGCAUUGCAAGCUUCACUACACUGAGCGCUACGAGAGUCAAACUCCCUGACUAUGCUCCUCCAACGCCAAGGAAGGAAGCCAUUCAAACAACCUUAAGAUGUGCUAUGGUCCGUGGUCGAUCGACAUAAACCAGGGAUUUCAAAAAACACCAUAAAAAUCGCGUUGCGGAAACGCAUGUGGAAAUGAGCCUUGUCAAAUGACCGCGCCUUCAGGCAGGUUGUCAAUCAGCAUAACACAUGCAUUUUGAAGCGUAACAAAAUCGAGUUCAGUCAAUUCUUGAACAAUAGCCAAUUUAUAGGGAUGAAGUUGAAGGUCUCCAUGGAAAAUUCGUCGAACAGUGGAGUCAGAAAUUGCCAUAGCAGCUGCCUGUUCGCGAGCCAAACGCCGGGGAGAACGCACAACUGACUGCCUCACUCUUUCGAUAUUUUCUGGAGCUCUGAUGCGAGCUGUAAGGAUGAAUCUCCUUCUACUCUGGGAGUGGCUUGCAUCCGUAUCAGCAAUCACUCUCCUUUUCUAUUACGCUCAAUACAAAUUGAGAAGACAGCAUCUGGAGAAAUUAGCUGCAGAAUUGCCAGGACCAAAGCUUUUGCCCUUUGUUGGUAAUCUCUUCUACUUUUUUGGAGUAACACAUGAAGGAUUUAUCAAACGAGUAGCAGAGCUUGGAAAGAGCUUCGGAAGUGAAGGAUUAGCAAGAAUCUGGCUUGGUCAUCAGCUUGUAGUGGGGGUGUAUAAAGCCGAUACCCUCGAAGCAAUUCUAUCGAACCCCAAAGUGAUAGACAAGGGAUAUCUAUUCUCUUUCUACAAGCCACGCACAACCGGAUCUUUUGCCACAACUGGUGAUGUAUGGAAGAUGCAUAGAAGGUUCACAAACAAAAUGUUCCAGCCAAAUUAUAUGGAAAGAUAUAUCAACAUCUUCAAUGAGCAGAGCAAAGUUUUAAAUCAAUAUAUAGCAGAACACUUGAUAAAUAAAGCAGUGGACAUAUCACGACCUGUAAUGCACUGCACAUUGGAUACUAUAUGUCGUACAGCAUUUGGUGCUAAGAUGAAUCUUCAAGACAACGAGACAUUCACAUUUGUCGACGACCUCUCAAUAUCUUCUGAAAUAAUUGUUGCAAGAAUGUAUAAGCCUUGGUUCUAUUUCGACCCGAUAUUCAGAUUGACACCAGAUGGAAAAGAGAUGUACAUGAGAGUGAAGAGGCUUCAUGAGUUCACAAAGGCGGUAGUUGAUACGAGGAGAGAAGCUGUUGAGAAGUUCAAUUCAAAAUUAGAAGAGAAUGGAAACAUUGAAGGGGUGGACAGUGCCGGCUGCAUUGAAGAACUUGAGCCAGCGCCCUAUUUGGAUGUGAUGAUCGACUAUGCCAAAGAGGAGAAAUUAGAGGAAGGAGUAUUCUUGAGAGAGGUUUUGGAUGUUAUUAUUGGUGGAGCUGAUACUUCAGCGAUAGGAGACAGCUACGUGCUGGUUCUUCUGGGAAUACACAAAGAAUGGCAAGAGAAGAUCCAUAAUGAGCUGGAUGACAUUUUCGGGGAUUGUGAAAGGGAUGUGACAAUGAGUGACUGCAACCAAAUGACGCAGAUGGACAUGGUCAUCAAAGAGACACUCAGGCUGUACACGGCGCCUCACUCUUUGCGACUACUCACUGAAGAUGUACAACUGGGUAAAUAUAUAGUACCAGCUGGCACUACAAUCUAUUUGGCCAUGUACCUCCUACAUCGAGACCCUUUGUAUUGGGAACGUCCUCUAGACUUCUAUCCGGAUCAUUUUCUGCCAGAAAAUGUAGCAAAGAGGCCCAAGUUCAGCUAUCUGCCGUUCAGCCAUGGACCUCGAGGAUGUCCAGGAUCUAGAUACGGAGUGCUAUCGAUGAAAGUUGUUUUGGCCAACGUUCUAAGAAAGUUCAAAGUUGAAUGUGAUCUUGACUUCAAGAAGAUGGAGCACAAACCCAGUUUAAUGCUGGAAUUGGUUGGUGGGUAUCCAGUAAAACUGAUUCCAAGGAGAAGUUCACAACAUGGUUCAAUCAACAAUUGAAAUUAUUGCUCACCGACUCUUACUUCACUUGCAAAUUAAGUUGAAUUUGUGGUUUUUCUGUUCACAGAAAUCCUAAUCACUAUAAACUUGAUCCUUAUUUUGAUAUUCCUUUAAUCUAGGUUGCUUGAAAAUUCUCAUGUAAACAGAAACCCAGAAAAGAAUGGAAUAAUAAUUGAUAAGCUUACCUAGAAUAGAAUUAAGUCUACCUCUUUAAUAUUUGUUUCUAGUGUUAGUAUGGAGAACAUAUUCAUCAUUGACUUUACUCAUACUAUCUGUAUAAAAUCAGUCUAGAUAGAGAAAAUCAACCAGAUUUCAAAAAAUGAAUAGUCAUAUUGAUGUGAUUGAUUAUGUUAUAUGAAGUUAUUUUUCAUUGAGAAUGUUUUGUUUACAAUUUAUCAAUAGUUGAACAAAUCUCUCAUCAACUUGACAUUUUUCUUUAGUGCCUAAUAGACUGCUUAUUUUCAACUACACAGACAGUUAUUCAGCUUACUUUAAAUGAAUUGUACUAUUGAAAUUCAAUUGUUAUAAUCUCGAAUGGCACUUCCAAUACAAUAAUAUUAUACUACAAAUAUAGUGACUGAAGAUUAUUAGGAUUUCAAUAUUCUCACUAGCUUAUUAUCACUUCAAAGUCUACUUCUUGAAGUGGCUUUACACAUCAAGGAAAAGUUGAUAUGGUCAGCUUCAAGCAGGGGUGCCCAGCCACCCCAAGGGCAAUGGCGCAUGCCCCCCCCCAAUCCAAGUGUAAUGCCCCCCCCAAAGUACCCCAAUUCCCAACCCCUUUAGUUUUUAACAUUAGUCAGUGUAUGACAA